AUGGCCACCUUUGCUGUGGAACCCCAGGCGCCUACACUGGGAUCUGAACCAAUGAUGCUGGGUUCUCCGACCUCUCCAAAGUCAGGAGUUAAUGCUCAGUUUUUACCUGGAUUUUUAAUGGGGGAUUUGCCAGCUCCAGUGACUCCACAACCUCGGUCAAUUAGUGGCCCUUCAGUAGGAGUAAUGGAAAUGAGAUCACCUUUACUUGCAGGUGGGUCACCACCACAACCAAUUGUACCAGCUCAUAAAGAUAAAAGUGGAGCUCCACCAGUUAGAAGUAUAUAUGAUGACAUUUCCAGCCCAGGACUUGGAUCAACACCUUUAAUUUCAAGAAGACAGGCAAAUGUUUCAGUGAUGCAGAGUCCUCUUGUUGGAGUUACCACGACUACUCCUGGAACAGGACAAAGUAUGUUUAGUCCAGCAAAUAUUGGUCAGCCUCGAAAGACUACAUUAUCUCCUGCCCAGUUGGAUCCUUUUUAUACUCAAGGAGAUUCUCUGACGUCAGAAGAUCACCUCGAUGACACUUGGGUGACUGUGUUCGGGUUUCCUCAAGCAUCUGCUUCCUAUAUAUUAUUGCAAUUUGCACAAUAUGGGAAUAUCUUAAAACAUGUGAUGUCUAACACAGGAAAUUGGAUGCAUAUUCGUUAUCAAUCUAAACUGCAGGCUCGAAAAGCCUUAAGUAAAGAUGGGAGGAUUUUUGGAGAGUCCAUCAUGAUCGGCGUAAAACCAUGUAUAGAUAAAAGUGUUAUGGAAAACAGUGACAGAUGCGCUUUACCAUCUCCAUCUCUUACCUUUACACCACCAAUCAAAACCUUAGGUACACCAACCCAACCUGGAAGUACUCCUAGGAUUUCUACCAUGAGACCUCUUGCUACAGCAUAUAAAGCUUCUACUAGUGACUAUCAGGUUAUUUCUGACAGACAAACGCCAAAAAAAGAUGAAAGUCUUGUAUCCAAGGCAAUGGAGUACAUGUUCGGCUGGUAAUAUAAUAAAAGCUAAGAACUCAGCUACAAAAAAGUAGGUUGCUAUACUAAAACAGCAGAGCACUGCCAGGUUCCUUCGGUUAGUUAUAUAACCACCCGUGGCGGUAUUGGGAUGCUAUGUCAUACUUCUUUUAGAAGCCUUUUUCUUUAAGGAUACAGUAUAUUUGUAGCUCGCACUUUAAAAGAUGCUUGAGAUACAUUUUUAAGAAGCAAAAUAUCCUUGUAAAUAAGAUUUUGUGCUUUCUGUGAUAGUGCAUGCUUAAGCACAAAAAAACAGCAUUGAUUACUGUAAAUUAUGUGAUUGAGUUUGUUGUGAGGUUUUUUGGUCUUUAUGAGAAGAGGGGUGAAUUCCAUGAAGUGGAACUGUACAGCUGCAUCUGCCAAGGCGCAAAGAUUAUAAUUAACAGUUUGAAUUACGAUCUUUUAAUAGCAUUUAAUAUUUUCAUUAUCUUUGCUUGUCUAAGUCCUGUUGUGGAUUGUCAUCUUUUAGUGUUUUAAAACUGAAGCAACUUUUUAAAAAUUUGCUAUUCAAGUACUCAAGUGUCUUGAUAAUAAAGUUUUUCAAUUAUA